AGGAAAAUAAAAGUGAGAGAAAAAUAAACAAAAUUUUCCCGGAAAAGGGAACCCAAGAAUGCAUUGCACGAUUCCUGUGUCGGUGGUGUGUUUGAUAUUUGAGAUUUGAUCCUUUCCCUUCACUCCCUUGUUCUUGGAUCUUUAUCUCUUCUUGCUCUCUCCAUCUUUCUCUAUAACAUUUUUUUUUUCUUUUAUUUUUAAUUUUUAAUUUUCUGGUCUUCGAUUCUUGAAGUUCUUCAAAUUCUGUUGAAGCAAUCAGGGCAAGAAGUUCCUUUUUUUAGCCUUACCCACAAUAAUCUGCUUCAAAUUCAAUUCUGGCUCAGUUUCAAUUUCUCCAAAAUUGCGUGACGCGAUUCACUCUGUUGCAUUGUUUGUUCCCCAGGUUUUAAGGAUCAAUGAGGCGGCAAUGAGGUGUGUAGCUAAGAAAUGGAGGUUAGAUCAGAGGGUAUACAAGUGAGGUGUGAUAAAAUUCAGGGUCCUGUGAUUCCGAGGACACGUUUGAGGAUUUGGUUCAUUCGUGUGUGUUCAAGCAUUGUGCUGUGGACGUGUUUGGUUCAGGUAGUGACAGUGAGUGAACUAUGGCAUUCACGUUUGAUUUCUGGGAUUACUAGUGGUAUAUAUCACAUAACACAAGUUCAGCUUCCAAUACAAGCUGAUAAUGGAGUUUCUCAACCGCCUCCUACUUUUCUUCCCGCAAGAAAUUACACAAGUAAUGGUUUUCUAAGAGUUUCCUGCAAUGGGGGCUUGAAUCAAAUGCGUGCUGCGAUUUGUGACAUGGUAACAGUUGCUCGAUUUUUGAAUCUCACAUUGGUUGUUCCAGAGCUUGAUAAGACAUCAUUUUGGGCAGACCCUAGUAAUUUCGAGGACAUUUUUGAUGUGAAGCAUUUCAUUGAUUCUUUAAGAGAUGAAGUUCGAAUUGUGAAAAGAGUGCCGAAAAGGUUUAAUAUUAAAAAUGGAUACUCUACCCUGGAGAUGCCUCCUGUUAGCUGGUCAAAUGAAAAAUAUUACUUGGAGCAGAUUCUGCCACUUUUUGGAAAGCAUAAGGUGUUACACUUCAACAAAACUGAUACACGACUGGCAAACAAUGGUCUCCCACUUGAUCUACAGAAGCUCAGGUGUCGAGUCAAUUACCAGGCACUUAAAUUCACUCCUCAAAUUGAGAAUUUGGGGCGCAAAUUGAUUCGGAUACUUCAUGAGAAUGGCCCUUUUGUGGCAUUGCAUCUGAGAUACGAGAUGGACAUGUUAGCUUUCUCAGGUUGUACUCAGGGUUGCACUGGUAAAGAAGCUGAGGAGCUCAAGCGGAUGAGGUAUGCUUUCCCUUGGUGGAGAGAAAAGGAGAUAAUUUCUGAAGAGAGGAGAUCACAGGGUCUAUGUCCUUUGACACCGGAGGAGGCGGCCAUAGUUCUGCGAGCCUUAGGUUUUGGUAGGGAGACACAGAUUUAUAUUGCAGCUGGUGAGAUUUAUGGUGGUGAACGUAGACUUGUACAACUCAGAGCUGCGUUUCCACUAAUUGUGAAGAAGGAAACAUUGCUGGCCCGCGAUGAUCUGCAGCAUUUCCAGAAUCACUCAUCGCAGAUGGCAGCCUUGGAUUUUAUGGUAUCAGUAGCCAGUAACACCUUUAUUCCUACCUAUGAUGGGAACAUGGCAAAGCUCGUGGAAGGUCAUCGUAGGUAUUCUGGUUUUAAGAAAACCAUCUUACUGGAUAGAAAAAAGGUAGUAGAAUUGGUUGACAUGCAUCAGAAUGGAAGCCUUCAUUGGAAAGAGUAUGCAGAUGCAGUGCGAGAGGUUCAUGAAAAGAGAAUUGUAAAGCCAACUCGGCGUAGGGUUAUAUUAGACAAGCCAAAGGAAGAAGAUUAUUUCUAUGCCAACCCUUACGAGUGCCUUUGUGAGGAAACUAAUUGUGAUGACUUACUAGGUCAACUACCAUAGAGUGCAUCUUUGUAGUAACAAAUGCACUCUUCUGCUCCACCAUGAGUAUACACGAUUUUUGUAGGGAA